GGCGCGGUAACAACACCACGCGAAUUUGAGGGAGAUGGGAAGAAAUGAGGUCUGAUAAGGACCAAAUGACCGCGGGUAAGGAGAAAAACAUCGUCGAGAUACAACUGAAAGACGUCGCAAGGGAGCAGGAAAACGUUCCCGCCAGCGUUAAGCAGAAAGAAGAGAAGAAGGAGGUUUUCACGAAGGUGGUUAUUCGAAGGCUUCCACCUAGCCUGUCAAAGGAACAACUGGAAGAGCAUCUCAGCCCUCUUCCAUCUUAUGACUAUUUUGAGUUUUUUCCAGCAGAUCAAAGUCUCUAUCCCCACCUGUUCUCCCGAGCUUAUAUCAACUUCAAAAGCACAGAAGAUAUCCUGCUGUUCAGGGAUCGAUUUGACGGCUAUGUCUUCAUUGACAACAAGGGUCAAGAGUAUCCUGCUGUGGUAGAGUUUGCCCCAUUUCAGAAAAUUUCCAAAAAGAAGCUUAAGAAGAAAGAUGCCAAAGUUGGAAGCAUUGAAGAAGACCCAGAAUACAAGCGAUUCUUGGAGAACUACUCCUGUGAUGAAGAGAAGUCCAUGGCCAACCCUGAGACACUUCUUGGGGAGAUAGAAGCUAAGACCAGAGAGCUCAUUGCCAAACGAACAACACCUCUCCUGGAGUACAUCAAAAAUAAGAAAAUUGAAAAACAGAGGAUAAGAGAGGAGAAGAGAGAAGAGAGGAAGAGAAGGGAGCUUGAGAAGAAAAGGCAACGGGAGGAAGAGAAAAGGAAGCGACGAGAGGAAGAGAGGCGCAAGCGAAAAGAGGCAGAGAAGCAGAAGAAACUCUCUGAUAAAGACAUUAAAAUAAAGCUCCUAAAGAAGAGUGACAGAGAUGAUGACGCUGACUCAGACCGCAUGAAGGAAAAAAGUGACCCUUGUGAUGUAGUUGGGGGUAAAUGGGAGAAAGCCGGAGGACAGAUGAAGUCAAAAGACCCAAAAGAAAAUAACACGUGCUUUGGUAUGCAUUUGACCAGCAGAGGUCAGCCUGAGAGCGACAAAGAGCAGCGAGAGCAGCACAGCCGCAGGCAGAGAGACAAGGAUCACCGCGGUAAGGAUGAAGAGAGAAAACGACAGCGACACCACUACGAGUUUGACAAGUUCAUGCGGCGGAAAGAUGAGACCAAAUGGGGGAAGGGCUACUGCCAGGACCGAGCCAAGAAAGAGGGCCAUCACCAUGGCUAUUCUUACUGUCCUGACAGUGGAGAUAAAAUGGGAAAGGAGGACAGGGAGGACCUGAGCAAUAGAAAGGAACGCCUCCGAAACAAGGUGAGCGAGAAGGACCGUCCUGCCAUGCAGCUUUACCAGCCAGGGGCACGCAACAGGAAGCGCAUGACUUCAGCUAAUAAAGGCUUUGACUGCCUCCACGUUGGGCAUUCGCCCGAGUGCAGGACAGAGCACUGUUAUGAGGUUGUGGCAAUGACAGCGGGGAUGGAGAGGGGGUUUGAGAAAAGCAAAGAUGAGUCGUGAGUAGUCUGGAUCUUAAGAGGAAAGUAAUGAUGCAUUAGAAAAAUUGUAUUUUAUUUUUUCAGAGCAAGCAGAUAGAAGCUACCCUCACCGGUUGACUAGUUUCUUAGUUCCUGUUUGUAGGCUGGUAAUGAAAUUCUAUCUGUUUAACCUUCUUCCUGCUUGCCAGCGUUCAGCAUCAUCAGCUUUUUGGAUAUUCUGCUGCCAGUCUUUGUGGUAAACAAGUAUCUCAAUUCAAAGAUCCAGGAACAGUUUUCUUGCACCUUGCCUUCUGCAUGAAACCCCUCGCCCACAUUUAGCAUAUUUUGCUGUUGUCUUUAGACAUCUUAUAUAUUUUUAUUAAUAUGAAUAAAUUGUUGGUAAAACUGAUACACAACAGGUCUUUUAAAAGUUAGGGCAGAAAGAAAAGUAUUUCACUGUAUGUGCAGGUAACCAGCAGACUAAGAAUCGAUUAGGAAAUCAAAGUUUCAUUGUACAUUUUAUUUAUUUUUUUGUAAUACUGUGUACACAUUGACCUACAGCGCCACCAGAAAGUAUAUGCAUCCUGUUAUGUUUAUCCACAUUUUCUCACAUUAUAGAUAUCUUUAAAACUGAUUUGAGUGUUGUUUAUAGUUAGUUUAGCUGGAGUAUAGUUUUCCAAAAAACAAAAACAAAC